AUGGCGGACCGAUACUCCUUCUCUCUCACAACCUUCUCACCCAGCGGAAAGCUGGUGCAGAUUGAGUAUGCCCUCAAUGCUGUAAACCAGGGUAUCACUGCCCUUGGCAUCAAAGCCACCAACGGUAUCGUUCUCGCCACCGAGAAGAAGUCAUCAUCCCCUCUGGCCGACCAGAGCUCCCUCUCCAAGAUCAGCGACAUCACCCCCAACAUCGGCAUGGUGUACUCUGGCAUGGGCCCUGAUUAUCGAGUAUUGGUGGACCGAGCACGCAAGGUUUCGCAUAGCGGCUACAAGCGCAUCUACAACGAGUACCCCCCUACCAGAAUAUUGGUGCAGGAUGUCGCCCGAGUGAUGCAGGAGGCCACGCAAUCCGCCGGUGUUCGACCUUAUGGCGUGAGUCUGUUGGUUGCUGGCUGGGAUGAGGGUAUCGAGCCUGAGGAGGAGAGCAAGACCACCGAGGAGAGCGAGGAGAAGAAGGUCAACCGAAAGACUGGCGGUAUUCACAAGGGCGGCCCCAUGCUGUACCAGGUCGAUCCCUCUGGCAGUUACUACCCAUGGAAGGCUACAGCCAUUGGCAAGAGUGCGACAAAGGCCAAGACAUUCUUGGAAAAGCGAUACUCGGAGGAGCUCGAGCUUGAGGAUGCUAUCCACAUUGCGCUGUUGACCCUGAAGGACAACAUCGAGGGUGAGAUGAAUGGUGACAGCAUCGAGAUUGGUAUUGUUGGUGCUCCUGCAGACCAUCUUCUGGGUCUUGAGGGUGUUGAUGGGGCUGUCGGACCCCGUUUCAGAAAGCUGACCCCUCAAGAGAUUGAGGAUUACCUGACGAGUCUAUGA